AGGGUUGAUUUGACAGGGGUGCAGAUGAUCUAUCUCACAGCGACACUGCCGCCGGCAGAUGAACCAGCUUUCUUCAGCCUGACCAACGCACGGCAUGAAGACGUUGCUAUAAUCCGGGCAAGGGCAACACGCGGCAAUAUAGCUUACAGUAUUAAGUCAGUCCCGGCCUCAACCGUUGAGGAAGCAGUUACUGCCAUCGUCAAACAGGCAAAAAUGACGAUCAAUCAGAAGCUGGAAGAGUACCCAUGGCCGGCCAAGAUUAUUGCCUACUGCCAGCGAGUAGAGGCAACAGAACAUCUGGCCGCAAAGCAAGGUUGCGAUGCUUACCAUCGAGAGAUUGACACACGGGAUGGGAAGGCAGAAAGGCUCAAGUUUUGGAUGAGUGGCACAAAGCGUGAGCAAUACGGAGACGGGCGAGUGAUCGUGGCGACGAACGCGCUUGGUCUUGGCAUUGAUGUACCUGAUAUCCGAGCGGUGGUACACGUAGAGAUGCCGUGUAGGAUGGCCGACUAUGCGCAGCAGAGCGGGCGCGCAGGUCGAGAUGGACAACGCAGUGAGGCUAUAGUU